AUGUUAGCAGUGCUUCUGUCAUUCAGCGUAAUCGAAUCUGUUCGAGGACAUGAUUUAGAGUCAGCAGGUCUCAAGAUUAACCGUGCAGCCGUUGCAGGUUCACUGCCACGACAAAUUGAGUGCUUCUCGUGUAUGUCAUUAUCGUAUCAAACCAGCUGGAAAUAUCUACAAACUACCUACAUCUAUCCAAAGGUGUUCACGGACCGAUGUAGGGAUCCAGGAAGUGAACGUGGAAUGCCGACGGUGCCUUGUUCCACCGUUUGUAUAUCAUUGCUGGAACCUGACAUAGAAGCUGGUGUUUUUAUUGGCUAUAAGCACAUUCGUGGUUGUAUGGAUCGAGUAUUGAGGCACGGCUUCAAUCAAACUGCAUUGCGGACGCACAGAUUUCAUCACCAU